AUGUCUUCCAGGACCUGGGGAGAUGGUGGUACCAGUCGAGUGGUGGUUGAGGAUAGGAGGGAGUGUGGUGCAGUGUGGGGGUGAGAUAAAUGCUGUGAGGAAGAAGGAUGCUGGUUCGAUUAUUCGCCUUGAAGACGAUGGUUAUAAAUCUAAUGUGGACAGCUACAGGAACAUCGAGGAAAGAGAAUCGCGAAAGGUCGAAAACAAGUCGUGCAGUUGUGUUCUGGAUCAGUUGCCGAGGUCGUAUAUCUGAAGUGAACAAUGGCAGCUAUUAAAAAGGAAUCAUCUGCCACAUCUGCAGUCUUAUUCCUGAAUGCUAAAGGUGAACCCAUGCGCUUCUUCAUAAGACCUGGUCCCACCAAAGUGCAGCUUCAGCCGUUAAUAUCGAACGGUGGAGGCAUCCUCUGUCGGAACCAGGAAUCGAACGCCAUUCUGUUAGCCAAUCCUGGUGACAUCACUUCUGCAGUACAAGGUGCCGGACAUUUUUACAUCUCCACUCAGUAUGUACACGACUGUGUGGCGCAGAACCAGCAGCUCGACCUGGAAAGCUACAGGUUCAGCAAUUUACAGCCGAUCCGGACGAGGGCAGCGUCACGUAAACACAGAGCUACAGGACGCAUGGGUUACUCUAGGGAAGACGACACGUCCAUCUUGAAUUUUAUCACCAAGCAUCAAAAGGAAGCAAAAGGCAACCGGAUCUGGCAGCAGAUGGAGCUCCAGGGCAUCACCGCUCACAGCUGGCAGUCCAUGAAGGACCGGUUCCUCAAGCACCUGCAGCAUAGGCUGAAAGAGAAAUCCCACGAGAACAAAAAGAAAGUCAGCCCGCUGAAAGAGAGCUCGUCUUCUGAGGUCAGUAUCUCUCAGUCGACACAGCAAAAAAAGAAAGCGGGGCUUGUUUCGUCUUUCGAUUCAGAUGCCACACAGAUCAGCCAGGAGAAAGAGACAGGAGUUAAAGAACAACGAGAUCUUCAAGCUUCGCCUGAAGAAACGAACGAUCUUCAAGAUCCACAGCUGGACGAAGCGAGGAAAGAAACUGAUGGUGACGAUCCAACGAGUGAGAAAGAGCAACCGAGCGACAAUGAGACGCCUGAAGUCUCACUCAAAAGAGCCAGAAUGGACACGGACUCCCCAGCGAAAGACCCGUCACCUGGGCCAAGCGAUCAGACGUCGCCUCCCAGGGAGAACCAUCAACCUUCUGCAUCUUCUGGAUUGAGGUGUAGCAUACUCGAGAGAGCUGCCAGAGAAUUCGAAGACUCACAAGCGAAUGAUGGAAGUCAACAGGACCAAUCUCAGGCACCAUCAAGUAAUUCUUCGGAUACAGAUGAGUCUCAGAUCAUGGCGGCACGUCAAAGAGCAAUAAUGGAACAGGAAGUGAAUCUCGAGCAUCCUCAUGUCGCAGAAAAGCCUCCACCAGCUUCCCAAAACCACAGCAACACCCCAGGACCAGAGGAUGAUGAUAAUGACGACGCAAGUCCCAGCAGUGCCGCUCUACCCACGACAUCCAACGCUCACAUGUUCCUCUUUCAGCAGGAGUCCCAAGAGGAUUUCAGUCAGCCUUCUGAGGAAGAUCUGCCCUCACAGAGUUUAUUAGAGACACAGCAACAUGUCAUCAGGUUGAUGCAGGAAUCCAAGAAAAACUUGGUCGAGGUGAUGAAGGGGUUGUUAAAGGUCAACGGUGAUGUCACACUGGCUCGCUCGUAUUUGCUAGAAGGAUAUGAUGCUGAAGUCCACGGGCGUAUCUGGACACGAGAGGAUGACGAAAUACUCCGUUCAGCCAAUUCUCUCCAGUUUAAGAGGCUUCAUGAGAAAUACGGAGCCAAGAGCGUGUCUAAGAGAGCGGCUUUUCUGAAAGUAGACUUAUAGCAAAUAAAAAAACGCAACUCAGGAAUGUCAUUAAUUUUCCGCAGUCUAGAACAUGAACUAGUUUUUUAAUCACUGUCAUUUAUGGACUAUAGACGUUGUGACUAUAAAGCAGUGUUUUUAUAUCAGCAUGAUUUUUAAUGACUAUUUUUAAAAAAAAUCUGAAAAUAAAAUAUUAUUCAAAGUA